AUGUAUGCUAGGAACAUUUGCAGUAAUCUUUCAAGUCACAACAUGCAAAUUUUGGCCUGGUUCAUUCUCUCGUGUGGAAAGGAUUCCUCUGUGAAGUUAUGGGAAGUUGGAAUUGGCAGAUUGGUCAAGCAAUACCCGGGAGCUACACAAACACAGUCGCGUUGUCAGGCUGUUUUCAAUCAUACUGAAGACUUUGUACUAUGCAUAGAUGGGCUAAACAACGAGAUUGUUGUGUGGGACGCUUUGACGGCAGAGAAGGUUGCAAGGUGGCCUUCCAACCAUGCCGGUGCUCCUCGUUGGCUCGACCGCUCACCAAUGGAGGCAGCAUUUGCUGUUUUCAAUCAUACUGAAGACUUUGUACUAUGCAUAGAUGGGCUAAACAACGAGAUUGUUGUGUGGGACGCUUUGACGGCAGAGAAGGUUGCAAGGUGGCCUUCCAACCAUGCCGGUGCUCCUCGUUGGCUCGACCGCUCACCAAUGGAGGCAGCAUUUGUUUCCUGUGGAACCGACAAGUCAAUCCGUUAUUGGAAGGAAGCACUCAAUCUGCAGAUAAUAGCUUUUCUUAGUUCAUCUUUUGAUUUAGGAUUUAACGAUAUCUUAUGCCUGUAA